AUGAACUUUGUGACGCAAGAAUUUGUUGAUCGUUUGAAGCUGUCGGAAAUCUCUCUUGAUAUCUCAAUAGCAGGCGUCAUGGAGGGAGUCGUGCGCGCAAAUAAAAUUGUCAAGUUAGCUAUUAAGUCGCGUUUCAAUAGUUUUCAAGAAAUUAUAGAAUGCGUAGUGCUACCAAAGAUUACUCAACGCUUACCACAACAAUCCGUUUCGAUUCAAAGUCUAACAAUACCUAAGAAUAUAAGGUUGGCAGAUCCCAACUUUCACCUAUCAGCAGACAUCGAUAUGUUAAUCGGUGCUGAAGUAUUCUGGAGAAUUCUAUGUGCAGGUCAAAUUAAACAUUCAAGGUCGCAACCAAUCUUUCAAAAAACGCCCUUUGGUUGGGUAAUCUCAGGUUGUACGUCAAACGUUAUCGCUGAGCCAAUAUCCACAGUAAAUUUUCACGUAAGCCAAUUCGAUGAGUUAAAUCACAAUUUAAAGAGGUUUUGGGAGGUGGAGCAUCUUUCCAAACCAAGGGACUCUGAAGAAGAAGCAUGCAACAAAUUAUUUUUGGAAGGAGUAAGUCAUAAUGAGGAGGGACGUUACGUCGUAAAGUUACCAGUCAAAUCAGACAUCCUGGCCAAUCUAGGAGAGUCUCGCGAAAUGGCAGUGCGGCGCUUCAAGAAACUGGAAGCUCGCUUAAUGGCACAGCCAAAUUUGUACGCGGAAUACAAAAGAUUCAUGGAAGAGACAUUAGGACAUAUGUAG